CCUUCCUCCUCCUCCUCCUUCUUCUCCUCCUCCUCCUCCUCCGCUCCCCCCUCCCCUUAGGGCAGCGCCGGCGGAGGCGGCGGUCGCGGACGGGAGAACGAUCGAGCGGGGCAGAACCGAGCAGCGGAGGUUGUACAAUGCAAAUCUUUGAAAGCACCUCUGGGAAGAUGAAGCUUCCACCAGCAGCAGUUUGGUGUGGAACCCACUUGUUUUGAGGACACAUGGGACUUUCUACCCAUAUUUGCCUGCUCCAGCAUAACUCAGAGGACAAUGAGUUAUUUUUACCUUUUGCAUAUUACCAAGCUACGUAACAGUUUUUCUUCCUUCUCCUUUUCUUCAAUGGGAAAAACUUGAGCCAGCUCCAUAGCUGCUUUUUACUUCACCACAUUCCUCUUACUGAGCCAAAUUCUUGAAACCACAUCCACAGCACCUCUGGUUUUCCCUGUUGGUUGUGGGAUUUUUAAAAAUUUUUUAUUUGAUAUGGCAUUUGUAACUAUUUGAGUGCUUUUAACUCUCCUGAUUUGAACCUGUCCUUUUGCAUUGCUGAGCAGUUGUAGGAUCCCUCAAGGAAUUAAAUAAUUCCAGCCUUACAGAAGAUGACUCCUACGUUUCAGCAACAUUUUGAUGGCUGUGCUUGGCUCAUUAAUACAGGAGUUCAACAGCAGUAAUAUGAGAUAUUGCAUUAAUUGCUGCAUACAUUUAUUACCAAAUGACUUGCACAGACACUGCAUCAGAUGCUGUGGACCCAGUGGUAAGAACCAGAAGUGUCCUGGUUGCAAAGGAGCAAAUCAGGUGCCUUUGUACACCGACAGCAAGCAGAUGAAGUUGUUGGCAGUUCUGGAAGUAAGGACUGAUCCCAGCGAAAGCUGGAAUGGAUUUUUCUGCCUGAGGAAGGGAAAGCUAUGCAGCUUGAUAUUUGGGUUGAUCAUAAUGACUCUGGUGAUGGCAUCAUACAUCCUAACUGGAGCCAAGCAUGGCUUGUUGUUAAUACCAUCUCCCUUCCAUUAUGGAGCUUUUAUUAGCAAUCCAAGCUUAAUGGACAAUGAAAGCCUUAGUGACUUGAAAGACCAUUACCAGCCUUCUAAAAUGAAUAUUUCAUACGUAAAGGAUUAUCCAAGCAUUAAAUUAAUUAUUGACACUAUUACUUCAAAGAUAGAGUUUGUAACAAGGCAGCGCCCGGAUUUAGCAGAGCUGAGGAAACAAGAGCCACAUAUGUUUUCAGUAAUUCCUAACAAAUUCCUUCCAAAUAGCAAGAACCCUUGUUGGUACGAAGAGUACCGGGGAAACACCACCACAGACCCUUAUGCAACAAACUCCUAUGCACUCUAUUCCAAACGCUUCCGGAUCAUCUUUGAUUACCUCAGGAAGGUAUUUUGGAACCACUUGUACCAUUUCCAGGACAAACACUACCGUUUACGUUGUCUCCCCCAUUUUUACAUCAUUGGGCAACCCAAGUGUGGCACCACGGACCUGUACGACCGCCUCAGGCUGCACCCUGAUGUUCGCUUCUCAGCAAUCAAGGAGCCACACUGGUGGACAAGAAAAAGGUUUGGGAUCAUCCGCCUGCGGGAUGGGUUUCAUGAGCGUUACCCAGUGGAGGAUUACCUGGAUCUCUUUGAUUUAGCAGCUCAUCAGAUUCAGGGAGUGCUGCAGAGUGAAGGGGUCAGAGAACGUGGCAAGACGAACAACAUCAUCAUUGGGGAGGCCAGUGCAUCGACAAUGUGGGACAAUAAUGCUUGGAUUUUCUUCUAUGACAACAGCAGUGAAGGAGAACCUCCCUUCUUAAUCCAGGAUUUUCUCCAUGCCUUCCAACCAAAUGCCAAACUCAUCAUCAUGCUGAGAGACCCCGUUGAAAGGCUGUACUCUGAUUAUCUGUACUUUGCGAGCGCCAAUAAAUCCGUGGAAGAUUUUCAUGAAAAAGUGGCAGAGUCCCUGCAGCUGUUUGAAAACUGUGUGCUGGAUUCUUCCCUACGAGCCUGUGUCUACAACAACACCCUGAACAAUGCCAUGCCUGUUAGGUUGCAGGUCGGGCUCUAUGUUGUGUAUCUUUUGGACUGGCUGACAGUUUUUGACAAAGAUCAAAUCCUUGUUCUUCGCCUGGAGGAUCACGCAUCAAGUGUGAAAUACACCAUGCACAUGGUGUUCCAGUUCCUGGAGCUGGGGCCACUAAGUGAGAAACAGGAAGCUCUCAUUACCAAGAGUCCUGCCUCAAACACGAGACGACCUGAAGACAGAAGUCUGGGACCUAUGCUACCAACCACAAAGGCAAUUUUAAAAGAUUUCUAUAGGCCUUUUAAUACAAAACUGGCACAAGUUCUUUUUGAUGAUGCUUUUUUAUGGAAAAGGACAUAAUAUGUAAAUUUAACGCCAGAAAUACAAUGCUAAAAAAAAAAAAAAAAAACCAAAAAGGAGUUUUUAUUUUUUUAAAUUCUAUUUUUGUGAGUGACUAUUUACAUUUUUUUUCCCAUUCCAAAGAGAAGAUUGAUGAGCUGAGACUCUCACCUUCAGUCAGCACACUUCACAACACUUACACCCCAUUUUCCCUCUGAGAAUGGAAAGCAUCUUACUUACCAGUUUAUUGCAACUUCUUUUAUCCUGACAAAAGACUAAGGGUGGAAGAGCAUUAGUACACAGAUGGUAUCUUGCACUCCACGGGGAUGCUGAAGUUUAACCUUCUGUAAGAUGCUGCAACACAGAAUUAACAUCAGUUUCCUACAGUUAUGCUUGUAAUCUCAUUUUCAAUAUAUGUUAUCCAUUCAUUUUUUCAAACUAUCAAUGUCAUUUAGUCAUUAAAAUU